CCAGCCGCCUAGCUGUGGUUUUCCCUGAUAGAGAGAAAGCGCAAAGACUUACGCAAACAUCGCAGGUCCAAGGGGAGUUGUGGUAACUCAAAGGAUGACGUAAACUACGCGAUUUGCGCAACCAUUUUUCGGGAGCUAUCCCUGCUGCCGGAGAUGGGAACGAGAAUACCCUCUCAGUUUAUUUUCCUAUAAAAAAUGCGUAAAGGAGGGGUAGUCUAUACGGCAACCAAUUUCUCUGGAUCUACUACUGCUGGAUACACAGGCUGCCUGGCAAGGGCUUCGGGAGUUAGGCUACCCUGUUAGUUAAUACGUUGAUGAUGAAACAUUAGGGUAUGUAAUUCAAAAUUUUAAACGGUCUAUGCGACGUGUUCGCAAUAUGUUACUACCUGUCAGGAAUCGAUUUCGUUGACUAUUAGACAGAAUGAUUUGACAAACUCGUUACUCGUAGCCUAUUGCCAUGAAAAAACACGCACGAUCUAGUAUCAACGACGCAUUGGAGUGUGCCAGAGAAACGAAUGUCUGACUACCAAAUCCUUGGAGCUGACUGUGUCCGCUGGGACGUAUUGAAAUGACACAGCCUCAUAGCUCCGCGGAAUUGCCUGACCUGAAUUCCUGAGUGUCAACCCGUCAAUUGGGGAACUGGGUGCAUUAGGGUACGUGUUGGUGAUUCGUUUUCAUAGAAGAAGCACUCCGUUCGGUACGACACUGGCAGCAACGCCUUGCUUCUGGUUGGCCCAGGGAGUGAACUGAGUUGAUAAGCGGAGGAUGGGAGAGCGAACAGAACCGUAUCAGUGGGUCUCGGGAGGACACCGUCAUAGUACAGGGCAGUGAUGCCGGGCAUGGUGUUGUUUCGACGGCGCUGGUCAGUAGGCAGUGAUGACCUGGUGCUGCCAGCACUCUUUCUCUUUCUACUGCACUCCAUAUGGCUGGUGGUCCUGCUGGUGGUGCUGUUUGGCCUGCCCUACGGUUCAGACCAGUCCUGCUCCAUCACGCUGGUGGACCAUGGCUGCGGCUACCUGGGCAUCCUGGUCAGCUGCUUGAUUUGUGAGAGUGCCAUCAUGUGGCUGAGCAUGAGGGGCAGCAUCCUCUACACACAGCCUCGCGACGCCGUGCAGUACGUGCUCUACAUACGACUGGCCAUUCUGCUGGUGGAGCUGGUCUACGCUGUCGUGGGAAUCGCAUGGCUGGUGCAGUACUACCAACCUUGCUCUGAUGUCACUGCCAAGAAUCUCACCCUGGGAAUUGUUGUGUGCAACUGGCUGGUGAUCUUCAGCGUGUGCUUCACCCUCAUGUGUACAUUUGACCCCACGGGGCGUACCUUUGUCAAACUGAAAGCCACCCGGCGUCGGCAGCGCAACCUGACCACCUACACGCUCAGACAUAGGUUGGAGGAAGGUCAGGCCAGCAGCUGGAGUAGGAGACUCAAGUUUAUCAUGUGCUGUGCCAGAGCCCAAGACACUCAAUCUGACGCUUACUCUGAAGUGGCCAGCCUGUUUGCCGAGUUCUUCCGAGACCUGGACAUUGUGCCCAGUGACAUCAUUGCUGGACUGGUUCUCCUCAGACAGCGGCAAAGAUCCAAACGCUCCGCCAUAUUGGACCAGGCAAACAAUGACAUUAUAGCCUUCUUAUCCGGAAUGCCUGUCACUCGCAACACAAAAUACCUGGACCUUAAAAACUCUGUUGAGAUGAGCAUGUACAAGGAGGUAUGCUACUACAUGCUGUUUGCUCUGGCGGCGUACGGCUGGCCCAUGUAUCUGCUGAGGAAGCCGGCCUGUGGGCUGUGCAGGCUCGCCAGCUCCUGCUCAUGCACAUCUGGAUCCGCCUCACGUUUGACCCACGCCGUGACCGUGGAGGAGGAUAACUGCUGUGGCUGUAACGUCCUGGCUGUCCGCCGCCAAUUCCUGGACCAAGACCUUAAGCAGGUCCAGAUUGUCUACAUGUCCUGCCAUGAUGCGGUGUACGAGACUCCGUUUUUCGUAGCAGUCGAUCAUGGGAAGAAAAAAGUGGUCAUCAGUAUUCGAGGAACUCUGUCCCUUAAAGAUGCACUGACUGAUCUCACAGGGGACUCUGAACGUUUGCCUGUAGAGGGACAGCAUGGCACCUGGCUUGGGCACAAGGGCAUGGUUUACUCAGCAGAGUACAUCAAGAAGAAACUGGAGCAGGAGAUGAUAUUAUCCCAGGCCUUUGGGAGAGAUCUGAGCAAAGGCACAAUGCAUUAUGGUCUGGUGAUCGUGGGCCACUCCUUGGGCGCGGGCACUGCAGCCAUCUUGUCCUUCCUGCUGCGACCCCACUACCCGUCCCUGCACUGCUACGCCUACUCCCCCCCAGGUGGCCUUCUCAGUGAGGAUGCGAUGGAGUACUCAAAGGAGUUCUGCACCUCAGUCGUGUUGGGGAAGGAUCUGGUCCCAAGGAUCGGUCUAUUCCAGCUAGAAGGGUUCCGUCGUCACCUUCUGGAAGUCUUACAAAAGAGCGACAAGCCAAAGUGGAGGAUCAUCGCAGGCGGCACCAAGUGCAUUCCCAAAUCGGAGUUCCCGUCGGAGGAGGACGGUCCCCAGCCCCAGGGCUCGGCUCCGCCCAGCUCCCGCCUCUGGCUGCACCCCAGUGACUUAAGCAUCGCCCUGUCUGCCUCCACCCCACUCUACCCGCCUGGCAGGGUGAUCCACGUGGUGCACAACCACCCCCCAGAGUCGUGUUGUGGUCAGGAAGAGCCCACAUACUCCGCCCUGUGGGGGGACAACAAGGCCUUCGAUGAAGUCAUCAUCUCCCCUGCCAUGCUGAAUGAACACAUGCCACAUAUGGUGAUGGAGGGUCUCCACAAGGUACUGGAGAAUUACAACAAAGGGAAGACUGCUCUGCUGUCGGCUGCUAAGAUCAUGGUGAGCCCAACUGAGGUGGACCUUAACCCUGAGACCAUUUUCCUGGGGGCCUCUACUUCCCACCAGCCCAGUCCUGUCACACAUCACCGCAGGAACAGCAGUGUUCGCUCUUGUGCCCGCUCGGAGAUCUCUCUGGACGGCUUCGCCGAGUGCCCCCCUCCCCCGGUGCCCAUUGUGCUGACGGGUGCCCGCGAGCGCCUCGCCGUGGAGCUGUGCGAGCGUCGUGCCCCGCUGGCCGUGAUGGAGAGCCUGUCGGAUGCUGAGUCCCUGUACAGCCUGGAGUCGCGGCGCUCCUCUGCGGCCCUCCGCGGCUCCCCCUGCCUGGGCAGCUUCCCCUUCUCCAUGGACGCCCCCAUCCCCGAGGAGAACCCCUCCCUCAGCUCCCGCACCGAGCUGCUGGCCGCUGACGGCCUCCAGCCGACCACCCCUGAGCACGAGCUGGGCGAGCCGGGGCCCUACUGCCCCACUCCGCCCCUGGAGGAGUACGCCCCACGCCUCUCCCCUGACACCCCCCGAUACAGUGCCCACAUCCCACCGGUCCUGGGGCAGACGGUGAUCGGACAGCCUCUCUACCUGGAGGAUGCCCCCCAGCAGGCUAAAGCAGCGGAGACUGUAAACGUUUACCUGCAGUCUGGGCCCCCCAGCCCAGAAAUACCCCCCUCUGUGCCCCACAGUCCACGGGGCAGCAGCACCCCGCUGGAGCGAGGCAGCCAGGAAUCCAUUGUGGAGAUGGGCGAGACGCCCGCGAGAGAGCAGCCUCCGGCGGCCAAAGCCGAGAGCGAGCCCCUAGCAGAUGCAGCUUCCCAGCAGGCCCCACUCUCCAAUGGUAACCCCAGCCAGGUGGUGCUGGAGUUCGCCCAAUACCUGGACUCUCUCUUCAAGCUGGAUGGCAGCAGCUCUCCCCCAAUGGAGCUGUCGGAUGGUGAGUCGGAGUCGGGCCGCAGCUCCUACAGCCAGAGCGAGAGCCAGAAGCCAGGCCAGCAGCUGGAAGACAGGGACAAGCUACUUCUGGCUCGGGCCACCCUGGAGCCCAACCUAGUGCCCAAGCCCCCACGCACCUUUGCUGGCUCGGCAGAUCCCUCCUCUGGCAUCUCUCUAUCCCCCUCCUACCCCCUCUCCUCGUCCGGGGAACUGAACGACCUCUCGCCCGCAGAUGGGACUCCGGCUGCCAAUCACAUACGAACUUCUACUCCCUUGCCCUACAACGAGGAGAAUGCACUCUCAUCUAUGGUGUAGGGCAGGACUGUAUUAAUCUCUCUCUCUCUCUCUCUCUCUCUCUCUCCCUCUCUCUCUCUUUCUCUCUCUUUCUCUAUCUUAUUCUCUAACUGUUACUCUCUCUUGAAGUCUCUAUCACAUACAGUUGGUGCAUUCAUUGGAUAAUCUGAACGGAUUGUGCAACAUGCAUGUGUAGCAAUGCAAUCUGACUUCCAGGACAGCUGGCGAUCAAAAACUCACUGAACAGCAACCUCAUUUUGUAGUUGUUUUUUUUCGUCUGCUGUCCAUACUGAAUGCUUAAUGUGUCUCUCACUGUCCUGCUCACACUUAGCAUUCCAAGCGUCCAGCGUAUCACCCCGAGCUCGUUGGGCGAAUAACGCCCCACCCUAAGUCUGUCUCGCCCCGACAAUGUUGUGGGCAGCAACACUAAUGGCAUCACUGCCAUUCACUAUGAAGACUUGCACAAGAUAAUGAAAAACAAAUCACUUCAUGUACUAUAAUUCUUGUUUACAUUUGCAUUAAUUAUUUGAGCAUGUACACAUUAAAGGGAGCCUUCUAUGAGUGCAGGAAGUGCCAGGUUAUGGUACAUUUAACUACGUAUGGCACAAUGUCCGAUAUGAAUGCCAUACACUGAAUGUUAUUGCACACAUCAAGCAUUUUCUCAUGGAAGUUCCCUUUUUAGUAUGGCAUACACGUACAGUAGAGUGCAGAGAUAAUAUGGAGAACUGAACUAUGGCGCCAGUGCAGGGACUCGGAUGAAAUAAAAAAGGAAUUGGGAAGGAGCUAGAAAUGAGGGAAAGAAGAGAGAGUGUUUUGGAGUUAUGGCACACACACAUUCCUCAGGUUUAUAUGUAUGGAUAGAGCAAAUUACCAAACAGAGAAAGCCACAUUUGAACAUGAGUUGACGUUACACACCAGGUUUUUAGUAGUGAUUAUGAAAAUGUAUGUAUGUUGAACAGGAGGAGCCCUGAUAGGCUUUUUUUGUAGGGUGUGGGAAGCUAUGAUUGUGCUUUGAUAUGCAUGAAAAGAGAAUAUUCCCCCAAGCAUAUCGUUCACAUAAACCCAUACACAUAAAGUCCGCCCUAAUCUCCAUUACUCCUUCACCCACAUUAACAUACUCAUUUUAUCCUCUUGCCAAAAAAAGAUUACAUAAAUUUUACAAUUGCCAAAUAUAUUUUAAGAGAUGUCAUUUGUCAGCAUAAUAGAUGUGUAACAAUCCAUGGCAAAUGCAAACACUAAACAGCAGGAUAUGAAAGGGAUGACUCUGGGCAGUAGUUGCAAGCACUGCCAAGCACGGGCCAACACAACGGAGAGCUCCCAAAGAGACGAUGAUGCCAUCUCUGCUAUACUGCCAAGAUAUAGAUAGCAUGUAUGUGGGUCUCAGGGCCAUGGUGCUUUCACACAAAGCAUGGGAAUCAAUGUACGGGUGAGCCCCCUCUCGCCUGAGGGCACAGUUACCUUUAAACCAGUUCAUCUCAAGCACACUUGGGCUCGGACUGGAAGACAUGGGGCCUCAGGGUGACCCCUUGUCCCGUGUCCGUCAUCUUCUGAAAGAACAAAUGAGCAGCAAAACAAGCUUCAUGUCUGUGGGAAUUUAAACGCCCCAACCCUCUAUUUCUUAUCUUUCUUGGAAUGUGAUGUCAUUCACAUCUGAUCAUUAUUUAUUAUCAUUACUGUUAUUAUUAUUACUACUCUUACAAUAAUUGGUGUUAUUAUGAUCCAUUAAGACACUUAUUAUUAUAAUUAUUAUUAUGGUUAUUGCUUCAGAAUGGUUUGACUUUUAUAUAAUUUAAAAUGAAUUUAAAUACAUGAAUUGUAUUGAGUUGAGUUAGGGAUUUGCUGUGAGAUCACAGCAAUUUCAAAGUAAAGAAAUUUCUCCUAUUUGACCCUAUGAAAAAGUACUCCUGGUGGUCAGCAACUUUUGAAAUAAUGUUGCAUAAAAGGCACAGAAAAAGGUGUGUGUGUGUGUGUGUGUGUGUGUGUGCAUUUCAAUUGUGUGUAUGUAUGUACACAUUUGUUGAAUCGAUUGCGCUUAACGAGGUCCUCGCAGACAUUUGACCCUGAGGAAAACUCAACAUUGAAAUCUGCCAACAAAGCCUUCGUGCAGCUUUGGGGUGACAUUUUAUCUUUUUUAAAUAAAAUCUUAGUUCCCAUUUGAUGAUGAUGAUACAUCUGCUGACCUCAGGAGGAAGUAGCACAGAAUCCCAAAUUCUACUUGUGCAGUAAUCCAAUGCAAACUUGAUGGGCACUGGAUCAUUAGAAACGCCAUGGGAGACCCUGGGGUACUUUUUCACAGCGGCUGUGUAUAGCACUGUCUUCAUUGUGUAUUUAUAUGCAAGUAUAUCUGUCUUGUUUCCCGUCUUUGAGAAAAGAGGACUAAGAAAAACUAAACCCAAUAGGACAUGAUCUAGAUAAAAAAAAAAAUACUGUACAAAAUAUAAAUGGUAAUGACUUUAUCACAGAUAUAUUAAUAUUGACAGAUAUAAAAAGAAUAUAUUUAGCAAGAGAAACACCGGCCGAUUUAAGAGGAUAUAAAUAUAUAUCUAUAAAUAUGUAUACGACAGUUGUAGGAUUUGGUUUUAAUGUCAAAUGAUGGAAAAAGUAAUUGAUGUCUAUGUUUACCAGGUACCCUGCCCCAAUCCCUUGAAUGAGAAUGUAAACCUUCCCUCCUACCCUGCCUGUAAUAGAAUAAUACUAAGCCAAUUUCAGAGAAAAUAAAAGUCUCCAAACGUA